AUGGCGCCGCCGCCAUCCGCAUGGGGGCCGGGAGCUGCCCUUCUCAAAGAUGGCGGCCCCGCCCAGGCGCUGCUUCGGCCCGCCCGAAAGAAGCAUGGCAGCAGCGGCGUCCCCCGGAAGUCCCACGCCGCAAGGCACGCACGCGCAAAAACCUUCACCCCCAACAUCAUCAGCAGGAAGAUCAAGGAAGAGCCGCGCGAGGAUGUCUCCGUCAAGAAGGAGAAGAAGGAGCGGGAGCGGGAGCGGCAGCGCGACGGGCACGGCCGGGGCCGCGGCCGGCCGGAGGUCAUCCAGUCCCACUCCAUCUUCGAGCAGGGCCCGGCCGAGAUGAUGAAGAAGAAAGCCGGCUCCUGGGACAAGACUGUGGAUGUGUCCGACUUCGGCCCUUCCCACAUCAUCAACAUCAAGAAGGAGAAGAGGGAGACGGACGAGGAGACGAAGCAGAUCCUGCGCAUGCUGCAGAAGGAUGAUUUCCUGGACGACCCCGGCCUCAAGAACGACAUCCGCAACAAGCCGGUGCAGCUGCCGCUGGCGCAUUCGGGCUGGCUCUUCAAAGAGGAGGUGGCCGAGCAGGAGGACGCGCCGCCCUGGCCCCCGGGCACCGAGGCCAUGGAGGAGGAAGUGCCGGCGCUGAGAGUGAAAGAAGAGCCGUGUGACACCGAGGAGCCCAAAGAGGCGCCAGCGAGGGCGGCGCCGGCCAGGGCCCCCCCCGGCUGCCCGCGGGACGUGGCGGUGGCCGAGCUGCUGCAGCGGCUGCGCCUGGCGCCCGACGAGGAGCUGCUCUUCCUGCAGCUGCCCGACACGCUGCCCGGGCAGCCGCCCACGCAGGACAGCAAGCCCGUCAAGACGGAGCUGCAGAGCGAGGAGGGCCAGGUGCUGCUGGUGAAGCAGGAGAAGAGCCAGGAGGCGAGGCAGGCGGAGAACACGUGCACCCUGGCAGACCUGCCCGAGGGCCAGGUGGGGAAGCUGCUGGUCCGCAAGUCGGGGAAGGUGCAGCUGGUGCUGGGCAAGGUCACCCUGGAUGUGACCAUGGGGACGCCCUGCUCCUUCUUGCAGGAGCUGGUGUCCGUCAGCAUCGGCGACAGCCGCUCGGGCGAGAUGAUGGUGCUGGGCCACGUGCGCCACAAGCUGGUCUGUUCCCCGGACUUCGAGGCCCUGCUCGAGCACCGGCACCGGUAGCAGGAGCCCUGCGCGGCGCCCCGGGCCCCGCGGGCGGCUCGGGAGCGUCCUGCAAGCCUGGACAUGGAGCAUCCUUC